AUGAACAGCAUGCAGGCACUGACAGCUUCAAUUCCAGAGACAAUCAAAGCUUUACUCGGCGCGGCCAGCAGCAGCGGCGGGUACACUUCCCUGCCCUUCUUCACCUACCCGGGCCUCCGCAAAAGGACCCCUGUCCCAUUUCGAGAACGAGAAUGCGACAAACCCGAGCAGGCCCGUCUGUACCUGACUGACCCAAUCGUGGACGAACCAGGAGCGACUGUUCCCGGAUCGUCAGAGUAUGAUGCCUUGAAUCUCGAGCACUGCACUCUUUACACCAGCAUUUUCGUGGUCGAAGAAUUCAUGGUUGCCAUUCCUGUAGAGCACGGUUCUGUGUGUGAAACGGACGAGCCCGUUACUGGAGGCGGCUAUGUGGAUGGAUGCUCGGGGCCGGCUGCAUAUAAUAUUGGAAACCCCUGCCCUCCUGCCUAUUCUGCCCCCAAACCCGUGCUUGUGCCCUUGUCGUCAUGUUCUCCUUUUGGCUGCCAGGUUAUGGGUCAUGAUUGCAUUCAGCUUACACCGCAAAGUUUCCGCGCAGAUCGUCGAGAAUUUGACAGGCUUCCAGGGCCUCGAGUCUGA